UUCUGCCCCUCUCUCUAAAAUGGCCAAGCAAAAUUCUCCAUCACUAAUCGAAGUUGUAAAACAAGUUGCAGAGCAGCAGCAUGCACAAUCCUCAGAGAUAGAAAAAAGCAGAACAGUUCUUUUCCAGUUGCAGGCUAAGUUUCAGGAACUUGAAAAAGAAAUGAAGUCUAUUCUGCUAGAAACAACAACAACAGAAAGGGAAAUACAUCAGCAAGAUGAUGCCAUAGAAAUGACAAAACAUCAUUGUGAAAAUCUGGAGGCCCAAGUCAGAGCCCUGUAUUCUGAAAAUAUAAAGCUGAGGUUUGAUGCAGAAACAGUGCAAGAAGAGUUUGAGAUGACCUUUGCAAGAAAUAAUGAGUAUCGUGAAAAAAUAAAGGCUCAUAAACAUCUCUUUUGGGAGGUGGAAAGUAAAAUGCCAGUUAUGAUUGAACUUGCUAAAAAGCAAGCUGUUGUUAAAGAGCUGAGAGCAAAGAAGGAGGAAUUAAUGCAUGAUCUCCAGAAUCCAGAAGGAACAGUUAUGAAACAAGUACAGGAAGAAAUUACAUUUUUUAAAAGAGAAAUCACAGAAGUGAAAGAGCUCAUCAGUAAAAAAACAAAUUUGCUGGAAGAAGAAAAAGUGUUACAUGCUAAGCUUAGGAAAGAAAUCGAGGUGCAGAAUAAGAGAUACGAUGCUAUUCUAAAACGUUUGCAUUGCCAACUGAACAAACUUCAUUCCAAUAAAAGACAGUGGCAUUGGAACAUUCAACAGAUGGAGAAAAAAGCAGCAGAACUAAGAAAAUGUCUUGGCGUGGUAGAGUGA